CGGUGAAAUACAGCUGCAAACCGACUGUUCCAGUCAACAUCACUCCACAAAAAAAAAGGCCCAAUCUUCAGUCUCUCUCUUUCACUCAUUUGGUCUUUAACCCCUCUCUCUACCUCUCUCUCUCAUACACAGAGAAGAAGAAUUCAAUUCUGUUCUCUUUGUAGAUCGACUUCAUCCUCCGGCCAGUCGUAUUUUCUUGGCAGUUUUCUCGGGAAAAAAGGAAAAAGAGAAAACAAAGUAAGCCAUGAAAACUGUAAAUUCCAUAGGGAAUGUGUCAGCUUUAUGUACAAUGUGAAGGGACUGAAACGACAGUUUUGAAAAACCCCACCUAUACUUCGUUUUGGGAGGUGUUGUAACAAUGUCAGGAGCUCCAAGAGUGAAGUCAAUGAAUGUGGCUGAUUCUGAGACCAGGCCUGUGUUAGGACCUGCUGGGAACAACAAGGCAGGUUCAUUAAGUGCAAGGAAACCUGCUUCCAAACAAUUGAGAAAGGUUGAAACAUCGCCUGAGGAAGUUACAUUAGGUGAAGAGAAGAAGGCACUUACUGUGUCUACUGGCAGUGCUCUAUCCAGCAAAUCACUUUCUGUUAGCGCUUCUUCUGUGCUUCGUCGCCAUGAGCAGUUGUUGCAUUCGAAUUUAUCACUGAACGCUUCUUGUUCAUCUGAUGCCUCCACGGAUUCAUUCCAUAGCCGAGCAUCUACAGGUAGAUUAAUACGGUCCACUAGUUUGGGAAGUAGGAGGAAGCCAUAUGCUUCAAAGCCAAGAAGUGUUGUCUCUGAUGGGAGUUUAGAAUCUCCACCACCUUCUGACGGUUCACAGCCCAAGAAGAGCUGUGCUUGGGUAACAGCAAAUACCGAUCCUUGUUAUGUUGCUUUCCAUGAUGAAGAAUGGGGAGUUCCAGUACAUGAUGACAAGAAAUUGUUUGAGCUUCUUGCUCUUUCGGGUGCUUUGGCUGAACUUACUUGGCCUGCCAUUCUAAGCAAAAGACACAUAUUUAGGGAAGUUUUUGCAGAUUUUGAUCCAAUUUCUGUCUCAAAAUUUAAUGAGAAAAAGAUGAUGGCACCAGGAAGCACUGCAAUCUCCUUAUUAUCAGAAGUUAAAUUGCGUGCAAUCAUUGAGAAUGCGCGCCAAAUAUCCAAGGUCAUAGAUGAGUUUGGGUCAUUUGACAAGUAUAUUUGGAGCUUUGUGAACUACAAGCCUAUAGUUAGCAGAUUCCGGUAUCCUCGCCAGAUUCCUGUCAAAACUCCAAAAGCAGAUGUAAUAAGCAAAGAUCUAGUUAGAAGAGGAUUUCGCGCCGUAGGGCCGACGGUUGUCUACUCAUUCAUGCAGGUAGCGGGGUUAACAAACGAUCAUCUCAGGAGUUGCUUCAGAUUUCAGGAGUGUAUAAAUGCAGCAGAAGGGAAAGAAGAAAAUGGGGUUGGCAAGGUUGAAGGUAUGAUAACUGAUGUUGUCAUGGAGUCCAAAUUAUCUAUAGCCAUGGAUGAAUUGAGUUUCUCGUCAGAAUGGCACGGAUAGCAGCAGAUUCAGUCAUCAGUUUAUCCUAGUAACUAAUUCACGGCAAUGAAGGUGUUCUUGUGUAUAAAAUUUCAUGAAUUCUUAUGUGUCAUGAAUUCCUAGAUUUUGUAGAUUACUAAAAGUGAAUUAAUCAACUGAUGAUUGUUCUGCGUUGGUGGGACAGCUCCAGA